CUUCUUUUUAGAGAGAGAAAAUUGGAGAGUAAAAGGAAUGAUGAGAGAGAAAGUUAGAGAGAGAAAGAGAGAAUCUGGUGGGCUUUGAGCUGUGAUUUAGCUGUCUCUUUUCCUGCUUAUUUCUCUCUCACUCGCACUCCCCCAAAAUCCCUAGAAAAUACCCCUUCUCUCUCCUCAAACACUACCCAAUCGCAAAACCUAUCUCCAAAUUCUCUCUCUCUCUCUCUCUACAUUUCUCUCCUCAGAUCUCAGGCACUACACAUCUCCCAUUUUAUUUAUUUAUUUAUUUAUUUCUCAACCUGAACUGAGAAAGUUGAAGAGUAGAGUGAAAACAAAAGAAAAUUAGGGAAAGUAAUCAGAUGUUUCAUGUGAGAUGAAGAAGAAGACCACCACACACCAUCUUUGUUUUAAUCUUCUCUCUCUGCAAUUCAUUAUCUUCUUGCUCUUCUACUCUGCUUCUGCUUAUUCUGACCCCAUUCACUUCUCCGGCAAUGGCGGUCUCACAGACGCCGAAGCCAUGUUCAUCAAGCAGCGCCAGUUACUCUACUACAGAGACGAGUUCGGCGACAGAGGGGAGAACGUCACCGUCGACCCCUCUCUAGUCUUCGAAAACCCUAGACUCCGAAACGCCUACAUUGCAUUACAAGCUUGGAAGCAAGCGAUUCUCUCCGAUCCCCUCAAUCUCACCGCCGAUUGGGUCGGAUCUGACGUGUGCAACUACAGCAACGUCUACUGUGCUCCCGCACUUGACAAUGACAAGAUCCGGACGGUUGCCGGCAUCGAUCUCAACCACGGCGACAUCGCAGGAUACCUCCCGGAGGAGCUCGGACUUCUCACGGAUCUGGCAUUGUUUCACAUCAACUCGAAUCGGUUUUGCGGUACAGUCCCACGGAAGUUCAAGGACUUGAGGCUCUUAUUCGAAUUAGAUCUCAGCAACAACAGGUUCGCCGGAAAAUUUCCGAGUGUUGUUCUUCAAUUGCCGACCCUAAAGUUCUUAGAUCUUCGAUUCAAUGAGUUCGAAGGAACCGUCCCUCGCGAGCUAUUCGACAAGGACUUGGACGCCAUCUUCAUCAACCAUAAUCGAUUUGUUUUCGAUUUGCCGGACAAUUUCGGAAACUCGCCGGUCUCCGUUAUCGUUCUGGCCAACAACAAGUUCCACGGAUGUGUGCCCGCGAGCUUGGGCAACAUGUCGGACACCUUGAACGAGAUCAUUUUCAUGAACAAUGGGUUCAGAUCUUGUCUACCGGAGGAGAUUGGGUUGCUGAAAAACCUAACGGUGUUCGAUGUGAGCUUCAACCAGCUGAUGGGGCCGUUGCCGGAGACGAUCGGAGAUAUGCUGAGCUUGGAGCAGCUGAAUGUGGCUCACAACAUGCUUUCGGGGAGUAUUCCAGAGAGUAUAUGUAAGCUUCCGAGUCUGCAGAACUUUACUUAUUCGUAUAAUUUCUUUACUGGCGAGCCUCCGGUGUGCUUGAGAUUGCCGGAUUUCAAUGAUCGACGAAAUUGUUUGCCGGCACGGCCGGCGCAGCGGUCCGCCGCGCAGUGUAGGGCGUUCAAGCCCGCUCAUUGUGGUUCGUUUAGGUGUACUCCGUUUGUUCCUUCCUUACCGACUCCUCCUCCACCUUCUCCUCCAAUGCCGGUGCCAUCUCCACCGGUUCUCCCAUCUUCUCCUCCGCCACCAAUAGUUUCACCUCCUCCACCACCUGUUUUGACGCCUCCUUCCCUAUCACCGCCACCACCUCCUCCACCAAUUUACUCUCCACCGCCUCCUCCACCGUCACCUCCGCCACCGGUUUAUUCACCACCUCCACCUCCACCUUCCCCUCCACCACCUGUUUACUUGCCACCUCCUCCACCUCCGCCUCCGCCUCCGCCCCCACCCCCGCCGCCUGUUUACUUACCUCCACCUCCACCCCCGCCAUCUCCUCCUCCGCCUUCUCCUCCCCCACCGUCUCCUCCACCACCUUCUCCACCUCCACCAUCUCCUCCCCCGCCUUCUGUGUCGCCUCCGCCACCAUCUCCACCACCACCCUCAAUGUCACCUCCCCCACCUUCUCCACCACCACCCUCGCCUUUACCUUAUUGUGUACGCUCCCCACCACCGCCGCCACCAAAUUCACCGCCACCUCCUGCACCCCUGCAUUCUCCACCACCUCCAAUUCCCUACUAUUAUAAUUCUCCACCUCCGCCGCAGCACUCACCACCACCGCCUCCACCACACUCACCGCCACCGCCUCCUGCUUAUGUCUAUUCAUCACCACCGCCCCCUCCAAUCCAUUCACCACCUCCUCCAAUCAAUUCACCUCCACCACCGUCACCACCUCCUUGUAUAGAACCACCACCACCUCCAUCUCCUCCGCCAUGUAUAGAGUACUCACCACCCCCACCUCCAUCUCCUCCACCAUGUAUAGAGUACUCACCACCCCCACCCCCACCAUCACCAACACCGCCACCGCCAAUUCAUUAUUUGCCGCCACCAUCACCAUCACCUCCACCACCACCAAUUCAAUACCAUUCUCCACCCCCCCCUGUACAAUAUAAUUCUCCACCUCCACCCUCACCGCCAAUUCAUUACCACUCUCCACCCCCACCAUCACCACCACCUCCGAUCCCAUGUGAAAACCCCCCACCACCACCAUCUGCCUCCCCACCGCCUCCUCCAGCACCCGUGUACGAAGGGCCACUACCACCAAUCUUUGGGGUUUCAUAUGCUUCUCCUCCGCCACCUCCCUUCUAUUGAUUCUUUUGAGAAUUUUCCUCUUAACCUUUCCUCCCAACACAAACAAAAUCUACAAUUACAUUAACGGGAAUUGCUUCCAUUUCCUCAUCUUUUACUUCUCUAUUGUCCACUUAUCUUUCUUUUGUGAUGAUUCUCAUCACCAGAAGAGUUCCAAAGCAUCUGUGUCGGCAAUGUACUACUAUGCGUAUCAAUUCGUCCAAGAAACAGAGAAGUGAUGAAGAUUGAGAGAUCGAGAGAGGAGGUAAGAGGAGAAAGCCUCUCUCAAAUAUUUAUUUGAAUUGUUAUGGAUAAUUUGAGUUGGAGAAAUAAAAAUUGGCAGAGAAAAGAGUAGGUUGCAGAGAAGUGUAUGUAUAGCGAACCAUAAACAGGGCUAGAAGGCAGUAGUGUAGCACUUCUUGCUGCUCCUGCUGAUUCUGGUUCGUGGGGGUUUUAUUGUUAUUAUCUCUUUUAUAUCAUACUUUUGUAUCUUCUUUCGAUUUCUGGAAUUUAUAGUAUAAUCUUGAACAUUUUACUUGUAUUCAUUUUAAGAAUUCAGUUCACUCAGUUCUAUUCUUGUC